GUGGCGGAAGGCGAUUCAGUUGCUCUUUAGCUAUGAGACGCGUGUGGUUCAGUGUGGUGGGUGCUGCGCUGCUCGCGCUGAGCUGUGCGGCUGGGCAUUUGCUGUCGCAGCCCGAGCUGGACACACACAUACAGCUGCAGGAGCAGCCGAUAUCGCAGCACAACGAUAGCGCCUACGUGCAGCGCGUGAUGCGGCUGGCCAAGGUGGCGGAGAUGCGUAGCUAUAUGCGGCCGGAACUGGAUGCCUGCGACGACUUCUUUGGCUACAGCUGCGGCAAUUGGCCCAAGAUCAAUCCGGCCAAUGCGGCCCAGCCGCGCGAGACCAACUACCAGCAGCUGCUGGCCAACGGCUAUCGGCACAAGCAGCAGCGUCUCCUGCAGGAGCCUGCGGAUCCGGAGCUCGACGAUUUGGCGGUGCUGAAGCUGAAGCAAUUCUAUGCCAGCUGCCUGCGCUUCCGCCAGACGCCGCUGCCGCUCUAUCGCCAGCGGUUGCAGGAGAUUGCCGCCGAAUUCGGACGCAUGCCCGCACUGGCGCUGCCGGGCCAGAUCUGGCCGGCCGACGACUUUGACUGGUUGGCCACUGUGGCGCAGAUCAAGCGGAAAUAUGGAAUCGAUAUUGUACUGCUAUUGCAGGAGGCGCCCGAUCCGCAGAACAAGACUCAAGCUCGGCUCUAUGUGGGCCAGCCGCCACGUUCACUGGUGAAGCCACAGCCAAGUCAGGUUGCCGCUCAGCUGGAGCAGCAUUUGGGCUUGGAGGCGUCGCUGGCGCGCAGCACAGCGCUGGAAAUUGUGGAUCUGGAAUUGCUGUUGGGCAAGGGCAUGGUCAUCGGCAUGGGGAAUCGUCCAUUGGGUGGGCUAGCCAAGCCGCGUUCCCCUGCCGAGCUGGCCAAUGCGUAUGCGCCCGCCUUGAAUCUGACGCGCUAUGUGGAAUUGGUGCUCCAGCGCCCGUUGCAGCCGGAUGAGCUGCUCUACGAGCACGGGGACAGCUAUCAUGCGCAUCUGCUGGUUGUCCUGGCUCAAACGCCCGCCCAUGUGCUGGCCAACUACAUCUUCCACAAGCUGCUGCAGCGCUUCUACUACGAUCGCUCGGCGCCAGUCGUGGCUCAGUGCAUGAGCAGGGCAACGCAGCUGUUCCCGGAGCUGGUCACCAACCUGGCCUACCGGCGGUACGCCGCUGCGUCCACCCUGAGCGACAUCGACGAUGUCUGGCAGCAGAUCAAGCGCAGCUUCUAUAAUCUAUUAGAGAACAACAACAGCACGGACUGGCUAUCCCCGGACACGCGUCGCCUGGUGCUGGACCAGUUGAAUGCGACUCGGCUGCUGCUCAAUGGAUAUACUCAUUGGAAUUUCACAGAGCGCUACGAGCAGCUGCAGCUGAAGCCGAACGAUUUUCUAUUCAAUCUGGGCGCCGUGCUCAGUCAGCGAAAUGUGCUUGAGCCACCCGCUGUGGUGCCCACGGUGCCCACAUACGAUCCCCUGGAGAAUCAGGUGCUGUUGCCCGUGGCACUGCUGCAACCGAACUUCCUGUGGUCUCGCUUCUAUCCGCGGGCUCUGCGCUACGGCACCCUGGGCACAAUUAUGGCGGAGCAGCUGGCCCACAGCUUGGACAGGCGCGCCGCCUGGGACGCAGCCACCUUGGCUGGGUUUGGCAAGCGCAAGGCCUGCUAUCGGCAUCAGUACGAGCGCCUGCGCUACGCCGGCAACUAUCUGCCCUCCACUGAGCUGCAGGACAACAAUAUGGCUGACAAUGCGGCCAUACAGCUGGCGUAUCUGGGCUACAAGAGCUACUUGGCCAACCUGGCCUCGUCGGCCCUGAUCACGGAGCAGCUGCCGUCGCUGAGCCACACUCCCGAGCAGCUGUUCUUCAUCAGCUAUGCGCAGCUGUGGUGCAACGAUGCCAACGAGCAGUUCCGGGACAAGCAGUCGCUGCUGCUCACCGAAACGCCCAAUGCGCUGCGGGUGCAGGGCGCUUUGGCCAACACGGCGGACUUUGCCAGGGUCUUCGGUUGCUCCAAUCAAUCGCCAAUGAAUCCUGAACAGAGAUGUCGGCUGUACGGCUAAAAUAGAUUAAUAAACAU